AUGGCUAGAACUUUCUUCGUCGGUGGUAACUUCAAGUUGAACGGUUCCAAGACCUCUAUCAAGGAAAUUGUUGAUAGAUUAAACACUGCUUCCAUUCCAGAAAAUGUCGAAGUUGUUAUCUGUCCUCCAGCUACUUACUUAGAUUACACUGUUUCUUUAGUCCAAAAGAAGCAAGUUUCCGUUGGUGCUCAAAACACUUACGUUAAGGCUUCUGGUGCUUACACCGGUGAAAACUCCGUUGAACAAUUAAAGGAUGUUGGUGCUAAAUGGGUCAUCCUAGGUCACUCUGAAAGAAGAGAAUACUUCAAAGAAGAUGACAAAUUUGUCGCUGAAAAGACCAAGUUUGCUUUAGACAACGGUCUUGGUGUCAUCUUGUGUAUUGGUGAAACUUUAGAAGAAAAGAAGGCUGGUGUCACUUUAGAUGUUGUCAAGAGACAAUUAGACGCUGUCAUUGCUGAAGUCAAGGACUGGACUAACGUUGUCAUUGCUUACGAACCAAUCUGGGCUAUUGGUUCCGGUUUGGCUGCUACUCCAGAAGAUGCUCAAGAAAUCCAUGCUUCUAUCAGAAAGUACUUAGCUUCUAAAUUAGGUGACAAGGUUGCUGAAGAAACCAGAAUCUUGUACGGUGGUUCCGCUAACGGUAAGAACGCUGUCACUUUCAAGGACAAGGCCGAUGUUGACGGUUUCUUAGUUGGUGGUGCUUCUUUGAAGCCAGAAUUUGUUGACAUCAUCAACUCUAGAAACUAA